GUCCGUCAGGAUGAUAUGCCACGUCGUCGUUUCCGCGGUUCUUGUUGCGAGGAAAAACCCUUCGAGGCCCAUAUUUCACAUAAACCUCUUCUUACUGCGGUGCAGCUGCGAACUCCAUCCCCACCCCCGGUUCAAUUACUCUAUACCCUGUCUCGGGCCUUGACCAGCAACACAGAAACCAAACAUCGGCUCAUUUGUCUUAGUCAAGCCGGCACGGGAUAAAGGGUUCCGGUACGGGGCUUUAACUUGCCUGUAAAACAGUGGGACAAUUGAGAGAUAACUUAGCUUCGUCGUUCAGAAUCUGUUGUAGCAAAAUUAACCACCUUUGCAGUUCUCUUCAUCUAGGAGAGGGGAGAGAGAGAGAGAGACGUUUCAGCUUUCUCCAAUCAAAUUUGUGCAGAGUAUGUCGGAAGGAGAGUAUGACAACAGCAGCGGCGAUCCUUCAGAGAAACUAAGGACUCUGAAAAUCACCAGUCUUGACGAGGAAGAAGACGAAGAGGAUGCUCCCAUGGUUGAUGAUGUUUAUGAGGAGGAGGACGACGAGGAGGAGGAGGAGGAGGAAGGUGAAGAGCCGGUGUCCUUGGGCUUUGUGGAGAGCCCUAAACAUUCGUGGUCGCUAUCUCGGGAGUUGUUUGCUAGUGUAGCUGGUGGUACUCCUGCAUGGUUGGAUCCGACAAGUUUACCCACCGGGAGGUCUUGCCUUUGUGACUUUUGCGCCCAACCUUUGCAGUUUCUGCUUCAGGUUUAUGCACCUCUUUUACACAAGGAGUCAACAUUCCACCGCACCUUAUUUGUUUUCAUUUGUCCAUCUAUGUCUUGUCUUCUUAAAGACCAACAUGAUCAAUGGAAACGGCAGCCCGAGAAGGCAUUUCGAAGUGUGAAGGUCUUCCGUUGCCAAUUGCCUCGUUUCAACUCGUUUUACUCUAGUGAGCCUCCAAGACAUGAUGGUAGUGACAGACCUACUAGAAAUGGAGCCAUACUCUGUAGCUGGUGUGGUACAUGGAGAGGAGAUAAAAUUUGUAGUAAUUGCAGAAUAGCUCGUUACUGCUCUGAGAAACACCAGACUGCACACUGGCGUUCAGGUCAUAAAAUUGAGUGCCGACAGCCCUAUAUGGCACCAGUGGCUUCUGCAUCAACCAUUAGUGACUUACCUGCAGAAACACAAAAAGUUGCUAGCAAUCACCUGUGGCCACAAUUUGAGAUUGUAAAUGAAGAUGAAUGUCGAGAUAAAAAGUCUGAGUAUGAUGGAUUUGAUAAGUCAUUGGUUUCACAAAGCCAAAUGGAUGAAGUCAAGUCAUUACUAGACACCUUUGAGGUGGGUGGUGACAAAAGAUCUUGGGCAGCUUUUCAAGAGCGAAUAUCCCGUGAACCUGAGCAAGUAUUGAGGUACUAUAGACUGGCAAAAACCAAACCGCUAUGGCCCAUAUCAAGUGGCCGGCCAUCAAAAUUGGAUAUUCCAAGGUGCAACUGUUGUGGUGGGCCUCGAGCUUGUGAAUUCCAGGUAUUGCCGCAACUACUAUAUUACUUUGGAAUUGAAAAUCAUGCAGAUUCUCUUGAUUGGGCAACUAUUGUGGUGUAUACGUGCGAAGCCUCGUGUGAGAAUAGAGUUGUUUACAAGGAAGAAUUUGCCUGGGUUCAGCUUUUACCUCAAUCAGCUGCAACAUUGUGAUAAAUGUUAUGAUCCUCCCGUUUUUUCUUGUUAUCUGUGUUUCCGUUUCUGUGCGAACCAGAGAGAAACAACCAUUUUUUUUUUUUUCUUGGUGCGCUUUUUUAUUUCGGCACAGGGAAUUAGCAAAGGCACGAGAUGUAUGAACCAUUGUGUGUCUGCAUGAGAUGGUGCAACGUGGAUCUAAAUGCAGUUGCUGCAUACCUGAUCAAGGUCUCCACCUACGAAGGGAUUAAGAGUGUGUUAAAAAAGACCACUAAAACAGUGCGAUGAGAAAAACCGUUGUCUUUUCUUCUUUUUUUCUUUUUUUUUUCGGUGCUCGACAAAAAGCAAGCCUUGCGAGCAUCCGGAUUCAGGAAUGUUACCUUAGAUUUGUCAUCUGAUUGAUCCCGUCGGCGUUGGGUGUGAAUUGUGCGAUGACAAUAAUAAUGUUUUCCAAUGAUAAUCUCGCUGCAGAGAUGAGGUUCGUU